UCCGCUUCUGUGAUGUCAAAAAACACGUUAUUCUCUCCCCUAAUUCUACUAACCUAGUACGUCUUAAUAAACGGGAUAAAUGUAAUACGCCCUGAUUUCUGUGUUAGUUGACAAAUCAAUCGGGUUUCGUGUCCUAGUAUCUAUCUAAAGAAGCGUACGCGAAGCAUUUUGUUUGCGCGAACAAUGACAGAGAACGGCUGAUCGGGCAGUGAUUCAUUUGUGCUAUAUUUAUUAACAGUGUCUUCACUCUUCAGACAUCUUAACCGGACGGUUGAACUCGCCGUCCGGCGUAAAUUAUUGACGUGUUGAACAAUUUGAAUUUUAAAUUGCUGUGGCAUCCAGACAGUUAUUAAAAUGCGCGUGCCAUACUAACAUUACGGUUCAGUGAACAUUGCGGGGAAAGUGCAAAUAAUAAUGGGAUGACAGCUUAUACAGAUGGAAAAGGUUUGGCGUCGGGUCGGUCUCCAUUCCUCUCGUAAGAAGAGGGAUGGAAGCGGGACUAGCCGAGAAGUGACGUCAUCGACCCCUCAAGAGGCCGAGUACCAGAAUAUUCACACGCUCCGAACAGCUGACCUGAUAAGACAAAGGCAGGGCGAAGAGAAAUCGACUCUCCGUUCGUCUUAUAUCAUACGGAACGGGGAUAACUUUAUAUUGGUUGAGAGGAGGCGUAGAAGACGCCGUAGGAGUGGAACCAGGGCGUCUUCGGGGAGUAGACAUCACACCCCGCCUGUUGAAGAGAACACUCGAACAGAACAAAAGCGGCGCCCUCCUGCGCGGCUGAAGAUUUUUGGAAUACAGUGGCCGUUGCAUUCCAGCGAUUCGAGGCAUACGUCGAUUACAAGAAGAUUCUGCCGCGGCCGCCGUUCCCGCGAAGACAACGAACUCUAUCGCUCUAACAGCUUCAAGUUCGAGAGAUUCACCAGAGAACCGCCGGCAGAUGAGUUCGCAUCCGGAUCACAGGUCGGUCUUAUGAUACCAUCUUGCUCGUUGCUUGUAUAUUGCGGAUUGCAGACUAAAAGUUAA